AUGGCGGGUCAAACCAACCCGGAAUUCUCCAAAAAAGAACCCGACGUGAACGAAGAAUUACAGGAGCUUGAAUUUACCAAACGAGGCUGUUGUUUCUGGCUACCGUCUUUAAGGUGCGGACGUAGCGUAUGGGAACGGAUCUCAACGAACGAUCAAAAGGAAGAACCCCGUUGGUGGGAUAAGGGUAUAAAUGCCGUUAAGAAAGUUAGAGAGUGGUCGGAACUCGUGGCGGGUCCUAAAUGGAAGACGUUCAUCCGCCGGUUUAACAAGAACCGGUCCAAAACGAAUAAAUUCAAUUACGACCCGUUAAGUUACUCCUUGAAUUUCGAUGAUGGUCCAGGGGUAAAUGAUCAGUCGGAAGAUGAUCGUUUGUUUCGUGAUUUUUCGUCGAGAUUUGCGUCGAUUCCGGUUUCAGCUAAGUCUUCAAUGGAUUUGGGCAAGGACCCACCGUCCUUCUUGUGA